UUCUCUGCUUUCCUUCCCCCUCUUCUCAAACCCUUCCCAUUUUAGACCGUUCCUCCUUUUCCCCCUUUUCUCCUGUUUGCUGUCUCACUGGCUCUGUGACACUCUUCCUGCUGUUUGUAAGGCACGAUUUGGAAGGAGAGAAAUCUGUCAUUACAGUUUAGCUGCUAGAGGAAGUCACCAGCUCUGGGCUCUUGGACAGCAAAAUUAAGUCUUUUAAGUAUACUUACUACUGAGAAGACCAUAGAUUGGAUGUUCCACUAGGAGUGUAUUCAACAGUGCUGGAUGGUUGCAAUUAGCAACACUGCAGUAUUUGGAUGAAGUGCUACAUGUGUGGAAUCAAAUCUGGACUUCAGAAACUUUAUGAAAAAAAUUAUUUGCUGAAUAUUUAUCAUAAGGUUAUUCCACGCCAAAGGACCUGACCAAUCAGAGGCUGGUGGAGCAGAUCCAGACAGGGUGAAAGGCCAAGUUUAAACCAAACCAACCAGUAUAUCAUGAACAUAAUCUGAGGGCAUCUGUUUAUGGUGUAAAAACUCAUGACAAAGCCAGGAUGGAUGCAAAAAGGAAAGAGAUGGACCUUUUGAGCAACAGUAUUGCUGCCUAUGCUCACAUAAAAGAUAAUCCUGAGAAGUUUGGCCUCUACUUUGUCAUUGGUGUGUGUUUUGGCCUGGUGCUUACCCUCUGUCUGUUAGUAAUACGAAUUUCCUGCAAGCCUCGAACUACAACUGCGCCACCCACUCCAGAGAGAAAACAGCUGAAGGACUUUUGUGAAGAUGAUGAAGAUGAAGAUAGUGAUGAUGAGGAGGAGGAGGAGGAGGAAAAUGAAGACAAAGUAGGAGAUGUGGAGGCUACUAUUACCCACUGCAGCACAGAGAUCCCCAUGGGCAACCACCACAGCACAUUGGAUGGAAAUGUGAAUGUGUUUACCUCAGCGGAGGAGCUGGAACGAGCCCAGCGCCUGGAGGAGAGAGAGAGGAUCAUCAGGGAGAUCUGGAGAAAUGGACAACCAGACAUCCUAGGCACAGGAACUAGCACCAUUGGAAGGGUGCAUUACUAUUAACACUCAUUAGAAUUGAAUGUAGUCCCAGCACAAGACUUUUAAAGAAAAUCUUGGACUAAUGUAUUUAGAGUGUUCAAGCCCACAUGUAGAACAGUGGCAAUCAUACUUACUGCACAAGAGCAUACUUUGGUGCUAUAUUGUACAAUGAGACUGCGCAGAUGUUGAGGAGAAUAUCCUAAUAGGUAAGAUAGCUGUUUUCAAAUGCACUCAUAAAAGUCACAUUCACCUUAAAGUUUUUUCAGGGUUGAGAAUCAGGUUUUUUACAAUGAUGCUAUCAUGAUUUCUAGUGGUCAGCCAGUUGCACCACUCCACUAUGCCCUUUGUUCUGGGUUUUUUUUUUUUAAAUACCUUUUGCCUUUUGUUUUGUAUAAAUAGUGUUGUUAGUAUUAUGCAAAGUCUUAUAUUACAUCAGUAAGUUCUUAUAUCACAUCAGUACAUUUAGACUGACAUCAGAGCCCUAUCAUUGGCAUUACUUUUUUGUUGUUCAAUAUAUAUCUUUUUUUUAACUAGGCUUAGGAAAUUGGGUUUGUCAAUUAGUCUAUCAAAUACCAAAUGUUCUAUCACUGGUGUUGCAUUUUAUUCCAUCAAAAGAUCAGACACUGCUUAAGUUAUAUUUUUAUAUGGGCCAAAAUUAGUGUCCUCAUUGUGAGCAGACCAAUAAACAUUGAUAACUUACAGACUAAACAGUAAUUUAAGAAUCAACUUUUAACCAUUUGUUAUAGUAUCCACUCCAUAGUUUAUGUUUGCUCUUUUCUGCAUGAAGCAUGUGAGAAACCAUAAAAUCCAAUUACUUAUAGUCCCAGGAAAUGAAAGGAAUCUGUUUACAAAGGUCUAUAAUUCACAUGUUGUGAAUAUAAUGCAUAUAAAUAUAAAUGCAUACAGUAAAGCAUACCUGCAACUCAUAGUCCAGUACAUGAGUAACUCAUGAGUUACUGUACAGAGUGUCACUAAUUCAUUUAUUCAAGGUCACAAUGGAUCUGAAGCCUGUGCCGGGAACAGUGGGAGCAAGAAUACACACCAGAGUUUGAAAUAUUAGCCCGUUUUAUAACAUAUCCAAAUACAGUUGUGUUCUGAUGAGGAACAGAGACCAAAGCUCUUGCUAGGUCCAAUAUCUGUGUAGUGCAAAUAUUUUUUUCUGCAAUACUGCAAUAAAAUAUAAAAUAUAUUAAACUAAAUUUAAAGUACAGAAAUUAUUAUUGUGUUCAUCAUGCUCAAGUUCAACCAUUUAAUAUUGUGGAUUUUAAUUUAUCUUAGGAAUAAAAAAUAACAGCAUGUUUCUUGCUAAGAACAAGAUGCAGUUAUGUCUUAUUUAAUAAUAAUCAUUUAAUAAUCCCUUCUGAGGAUCAUGGACAUGAAUUGUAAUGUCUGGCUAGACUGAAGCGCAGGGUUCAAAUUAUGUCGUAAUUGUAUGUCAAAGCACCAAACUCCAUUCAGAGCUGGAAUAUACGGUGUUAUCUGUCUCAGACAGCAAUGUCUGAACAGGGGUGAACAGGAGCUGUAUGAUACAGUUGAUACAGUUGGCAGUGAUGUUUUGUAAAAGGUUUGGAAGGGGAAGAUGGGGAUGGGACUUUGGUAUUUGGUGGUAGUUUUGAAGUGAUAAUGAGUUGCUUUUGGCAAAUUUGUGAACCCUUUUAGUCAGGAAAUGUUAUCACAAUUGGUCACAAAAGACACAUUUGAGAUAUAUGAGAAUACCAGGUGUGAAUGUCUAUGUCUCAGAUGCUCAGAUCUGAACAAGGCCUAAGACACAAAAUAAUACAACACAAAAUAACUGAUAAAUGUCACCCUCUUGAUGUGAACAAGAAGUAUUACAACUGAAUAAAAGUUUGCAGUACCAGCUACCCAAAUAACAUUUGUUACAUGGCAUAUGUGCCUACCAUAAAAAGAAGGUAAGUCACUUAGAAAAGAUGGAUAUAUUCAAUGUGUAAUGUAUUUGUAAUACAAUCUUUAUAAACUGAGACUUAUCUGCAAUAUUUAACGUUGAUAAAUCAACAAGCCACUUAGGAAGUGUGCCAAUAAAUCAGAGUAAUUCGACUAUUUUUUUAUUAGACUAGUUAAUUGCAAGCAGGGACACUGAGUAUUUAUGAACCAUUAGUGAAGGGUUUUUGCUUUAUGCAUGUGUUAUAUUGUAAUAGGCAAUAAAGGUGAUAUCUCACUGUGCACUGCAUAAACAAUUCAACAGCACAUGACACUGUCCUAUAAGUUACUUGCA